AGAUGAGCUGCUGCUUCCCACACUCACUGUCAGAGGAUCUGAUGCAGCUUCUUUCAGCACAUGAGGAUCUAUUUAUCAGCUGGAGAGGAUGAGCAAAGAUUAUUACCCUUACUCCAAGUACACUCGGGUCUGGAUCCCGGACCCGGAGGAGGUUUGGAAGGCUGCAGAGAUCACCAAAGACUACAAAGAAGGAGACCUGGUUCUUUACCUGAAACUUGAGGAUGAAACGCCUGUGGAGUACCCCGUGGGUCAGAAGAGUAAUGCUCUUCCUUUCCUGCGUAACCCUGACAUCCUGGUGGGCGAGAACGACCUCACAGCUCUCAGUUACCUGCACGAACCCGCCGUGCUGCACAACCUGCGAGUACGAUUCCUUGAGUCCAACGCCAUCUACACGUACUGCGGGAUCGUGCUGGUGGCGAUCAACCCGUAUGAGCAGCUGCAGAUUUACGGCGAGGAGGUAAUCAAUGCGUACAGCGGGCAGAACAUGGGAGACAUGGACCCUCACAUAUUUGCUGUGGCUGAAGAGGCUUACAAGCAGAUGGCCAGAGAUGAGAGGAAUCAGUCGAUCAUCGUGAGUGGAGAAUCUGGAGCGGGAAAAACCGUUUCUGCAAAGUAUGCCAUGCGGUUCUUUGCCACAGUGGGUGGCUCUGCCAAUGACACCAACGUGGAGGAGAAAGUUCUGGCAUCCAGCCCUAUUAUGGAGGCAAUUGGAAAUGCAAAAACCACUCGGAAUGACAAUAGUAGCCGCUUCGGAAAGUACAUCCAGAUCGGUUUUAGCAGACAUUACAACAUCAUCGGUGCUAACAUGAGGACAUACCUUCUGGAAAAGUCCCGCGUUGUGUUUCAGGCAGAGGAUGAGAGGAAUUAUCACAUCUUCUAUCAGCUGUGCGCCUCUGCUAGUUUACCAGAGUUCAAAGACCUCGCCCUCACCAGCGCAGAAGAUUUCACCUACACAUCUUUAGGGGAGAACAUUUUCAUUGAAGGUGUGAAUGACGCCGAAGAUUUUAAGAAGACCAGAGAGGCCUUCACUCUGCUGGGUAUAAAGGACAGCAGUCAGAACAGCAUCUUUAAAGUCAUUGCCUCCAUCCUUCAUCUGGGGAAUGUCGAAAUCUGCUCGGAGCGAGACGGGGAGUCCUGCCGCAUCUCGAGGGACGAUGUUCACCUGCAGCACUUCUGCAGACUGCUAGGCUUGGAGCUGCAGCAGAUGGAGCACUGGCUCUGCCACAGGAAGUUGGCCACCACCUCUGAGACAUACGUGAAAAACAUGUCCUCCAAGCAGGCAACCAAUGCCCGCGAUGCGCUCGCCAAGCACAUCUACGCCCGCAUGUUUGACUGGAUUGUAGAGAACAUCAACCAGGCCCUACAGACAUCCAUCAAGCAGCACUCUUUCAUCGGAGUUCUUGACAUUUACGGGUUUGAGACGUUUGAGGUGAACAGCUUUGAACAGUUCUGCAUCAACUAUGCCAACGAGAAACUCCAGCAGCAGUUCAACUCUCAUGUGUUCAAACUGGAGCAGGAGGAGUAUAUGAAGGAGCAGAUCCCCUGGACUUUGAUUGAUUUUUAUGAUAACCAGCCAUGUAUCGACCUGAUUGAGGCUCGACUUGGCAUCCUGGACCUGCUGGAUGAGGAGUGUAAAGUGCCAAAGGGGACGGAUCAGAACUGGGCCCAGAAGCUUUACAAACAGCACUCCAGCAGUGCUCACUUUCAGAAACCUCGUAUGUCCAACAUCUCCUUCAUCAUCAUACACUUUGCUGAUAAGGUGGAGUAUCAGUGUGAAGGCUUCCUGGAAAAGAACAGAGACACUGUCUACGAAGAGCAGAUCAACAUCCUGAAGGCCAGCCAGUUUCAGCUCAUUGCCGACCUGUUUAACGACAAAGAUGGCAUUGUUUCCGUUAAGUCGUCCAGGGUGAACGUCCGAGCCCUGAAGACGGUUCCCAAAGCUCCGAACAAAGAGCACAGGAAGACGGUGGGACAUCAGUUCCGAACUUCUCUGCAUCUUCUCAUGGACACUCUCAAUGCUACGACUCCUCACUACGUCCGCUGCAUCAAACCCAAUGACUACAAAGAGGCCUUCUCGUUCGACUCAAAGCGAGCGGUGCAGCAGCUCCGAGCCUGUGGAGUCCUGGAAACGAUCCGGAUCAGUGCAGCCGGAUAUCCAUCCAGGUGGACGUACCCAGAUUUCUUCAACAGAUAUCGAGUCCUGAUGAAGAAAUCUGACAUGACCUCAGCAGACAAGAAGCUGGUGUGUAAAAACCUGCUGGAGACUCUGAUUAAGGAGCCUGACAUGUUCCAGUUUGGAAAGACGAAGAUUUUCUUCCGAGCAGGUCAGGUGGCAUACCUGGAGAAGCUUCGGACCGACAAGUUCCGCUCAGCCUGCAUCAAGAUCCAGAAGACGGUUCGGGGCUGGCUGCAGAGGAUCCGAUACCGCAGGAUCCGUAAGAUGGCCAUCACUCUGCAGAGACACGGCCGAGGAUAUCUGGCCCGCAGGUAUGCUGAGUUCCUGCGUCAGACUCGAGCAGCCAUCAUCUGUCAGAAACAGUACCGCAUGGUGAGAGAGCGACGGGAGUAUCUGAGAGUGAGACGGGCUGUGGUCACCAUCCAGGCGUACGCCAAAGGGAUGUUCACCCGCAGGAUUUACCACGAGUUCUUGCUGCACCACAAGGCCAUGAUCAUCCAGAAGAAUGUGCGCGGCUGGCUGCAGAGGAAAAAGUUCAGACAAGCGCGCAAUGCCGCCAUCAUCAUCCAGUGCGCCGUCAGGCGCGUGCGCGCCAAACGGGAGCUAAAGCAGCUGAAGAUUGAAGCUCGCUCUGCCGAGCGCCUAAAGAAGCUCAACACGGGCAUGGAGAACAAGAUCGUCCAGAUGCAGAGGAAGAUGGAUGACCAGUCAAAAGAGUUCCGUGCUCAGAAUGAGCAGCUGCAGAUGGUGAAUGCCUCUCUGGGCUCAGAGGUGAACAAGCUGCAAAAGCAGCUGGAGCUGCUGUGCAGUCAGCAGGAAGACGGAGGCCAGCUGAGGUCACUGGAGGAGGAGCUGGAGCAGUUGAGGACACAGCUGGAGGAGGCGCAUGCCCUGAGGAAGAGACUAGAGGAGGAACACAGCAAUGAGAAGAUGGACCUUACACAGAGGGUGGAGGAGCUGGAGAGAGAAAACUUCCUGCUAAAGAGUGAGAAGGAGGAGAUGAACCAGCACAUUCUGCAGCACUCAAAGAGCGCAGAAGAGGAAAUGAGCAGCGUGUCUCUGCAGUCGGAGCUGGAUCAGGAGAGGCAGCGCUACCAGAACCUCGUCAAAGAGUAUUCCAGACUGGAGCAGAGAUACGAAAAUCUGAAGGAGGAGGUGUCACUCAACAAGUUCCAACCUGGCCACAUGAGGAACCCGUCCAAUCAGAGCAGCCCAGAGUCAGACUCCAAUUACCCAUCUGUCUCCAACUCUGAGAAUGGAGACACAGAGAAUGCCAUUCAGCUGGUGGACGAGAUAGGGAUGGAAAAGGCCGCAAUGGAUAUUAGUCUGUUCAUGAAGCUGCAGAAGAGAGUCCGAGAGCUGGAGCAGGAGAGGAAGAGACUGCAGAUCAACGUAGACAAGCUGGAGGAGGUGGCCAAGCGAAAGGGCUCUGAGUCAAGGGCCUCCAUCUCUGAGCAGGAGACGGCUGAUCUGGCCUACAGUAAUCUCAAGAGGCAAGAGCUGGAAUCAGAGAACAAAAAACUGAAGAAUGACUUAAAUGAGCUGAGAAAGAUGGUCAGUGAGCGAGCCUCACAGAACAGCUCAUCCAAUGAGCUGCAGGACAGCUACAACCUGCUGCUGAGCCAGCUUAAAGCAGCCCAUGAGGAGCUUGAUGCUCGCAAGGAGGAAGUCCUCAUCCUGAGGACACAGAUUGUGAGCGUGGCCCAGCUGCAGGAGAAGAACGAGAAUAUCCUGAGCUUGAAUGUCACGGAAACUGACUCUAGUCCUGUGGUGAACAACAGCACAGAUCCUCUGGACAAAGAGGAGGCGCUCAGAGCUUACCAUGGACUGUGUGAAUCCAAAAAGCUGCUGGAGGCUCAGCUGCAGACUCAGUCCAGGCAGCACAAAGACGAGCUGGAGGCCCUUCACACUCAGAUUGAGCUGCUGAAAACCGACAUUGAGGACAAGCAGGAGAAACUCAACAAGAUGUCGUCUCUGUCUCCAGAGGCUAAGGUGGAGUACAGCAUCCAGCAAGAGAUUACACGGCUCACCAACGACAACCUGGAUCUCAAAGAGCUGGUUGAGAAGCUGGAGAAGAACGAGAGGAAGCUGAAGAAGCAGCUCAGGAUCUACAUGAAGAAGGUCCAGGAGCUGGAAGCCACUCAGGCAGCGGCUCAGACCACCAGGUCCAGACCUGUGAUGAGCCGCCAGGUGACGGUCCAGAGGAAGGAGAAGGAUUUUGAGGGGAUGCUGGAGUACAACAAGGAGGAUGAGGCCCUGCUCGCCAAGACCCUGAUCAAUGACAUCCGACCCAGCACUGUGUCAGGAACGGUGCCCUGUCUGCCUGCUUACAUCCUCUUCAUGUGCAUCCGCCAUGCUGACUACAUCAACGAUGACCAGAAGGUGGAGUCUCUGCUCACCUCUACUAUCAACACCAUCAAGAAAGUCCUGAAGAAGAACAACGAUGACUUUGAGAUGACGUCCUUCUGGUUGGCCAACACCAGCCGGCUGCUUCACUGUCUGAAGCAGUACAGUGGAGAGGAGGGGUUUAUGACACACAACACACCCAAACAGAAUGAACACUGUCUGAAGAACUUUGACCUGACUGAGUACAGACAGGUGCUGAGUGACCUCUCCAUCCAGAUCUACCAGCAGCUCAUCAAAGUGGCAGAAGGCAUCAUUCAGCCCAUGAUUGUGUCAGCAAUGUUGGAGAGCGAGAGCAUCCCUAGCCUGGCAGGUGUGAAGCCAAUGGGCUACAGGAACCGUUCGUCCAGCUUGGACACGGAUGCUGAUGGCCCCACCAGCUACACUCUGCAGGCCUUGAUCAAGCAGUUGGGACAGUUCCACAACACCAUGCAGGACCACGGUCUGGACCCCGAGAUCAUAGGUCAGGUGGUCCGGCAGCUCUUCCACUGCAUCAACGCCGUCACCCUCAACAACCUGCUGCUGCGCAAAGACGUCUGCUCCUGGAGCACCGGCAUGCAACUCAGGUACAAUACCAGUCAGAUGGAGGAGUGGCUCAGAGCAAAUAAUUUAUAUCAGAGUAAAGCUGCAGCCACUCUGGAGCCGAUCAUUCAGGCUGCACAGCUGCUGCAGGUCAAGAAGAAGACGUCACAGGAUGCUGAGGCCAUCUGCACGCUGUGCACCGCCCUCACCACACAGCAGAUUGUGAAAAUCCUGAACCUCUACACACCUCUGAAUGAGUUUGAAGAACGAGUCACGGUGUCCUUCAUCAGGAACAUUCAGAAUCGCCUUCAGGAGAGGAACGACCCUCCUCAGCUUCUUUUGGACACAAAAUACACCUUCCCGGUCCUCUUCCCAUACUCCCCAUCUGCCCUCAGCCUGGAGACACUGCAUAUUCCCGCCUCGCUCAACCUUGACUUCCUCGUCAGAGUCUGAAGACCUGCUUUUAGUCUGAGCUCUCAGUAAUCUGACUGCAGAAGUUUUCCAGCAGCAUGAUGCCUCUCAGUGAUCAUUUGUUUCUGUCUUCAUAUCUUCCCAAGUGCAGCACCUAUCUGACUUUCUGUCGAACAAGCAUAAAUCGUCCAUGUGCCGCGCUUCUGAUAAACCUGCAGAGGGUUCAGUCCAGUCUGUGGAGUCUCCAUCACAGUUCUUCUCUGUGUUUGUACCCACUGACAAACUGUAGCAUUGUUGGAGUAAGUAGAGAAACACAGAAGCUAACAGAAGGAGCAGGAAGGUGUGCUGAAGGAUGAAGAAGGGUGGGAAGAAAGUUCAGGGAGAUCAUUUAGACUCAGUGAUGACAGAAGAAAAACAGGAUUUUCAGAUGUUUUUGAAGGUUUCUGAAGAUUUCAAACACUGACAAACAUCAGCGACCUGAAUAACUAACAAUGUUCUGUUUUUAAAAAAUCAGGCUUCCUAAUCAGUAUAAAUGAUAUGACCCUCUUUAUGUGUUAGUGGAGUAAAAUGUAGAUUUUUGGAGGCUCUUUAUGUUCUUUGAGCCUUAGAGCUUGUGGGUUGUGUUUAAACUAUUUAUUUCAUUUAUUCAGAAAAUAUUUGUAACAUAAAUAUGCCGAUUAUCUGCUUCUAUCCCAACAUAACAAGAGUUUAAAACACUAAACCAAGCAGUAAGCUGCCUUUCACUGAAAUUACCAUGACAGCCAUACAGUUAUUUAAGCUCUGCCCUUGUUCCUCUGCAAGAGAAGCUUUUUUUGGCAUUGUGGCCAAAUUUUGUGGCUCUGGUACUGUGUCAUCAUAUGACACACAGCUGCUCCUUUUGCACACAUUCAGUCCCAAAGGAGGAGCUGUAGAGGAUCACAAACCUAUGAAAGAAUGAGAUCAGCUUGUCAGGUCUGUGUUCCUGUGAUCCCUUGGUGAAUUAAAAAUCAUAAUUAAAUGUUGCAAACAAAAGCAAUGAAACUAACUGCUGGAACAAUUGCAGUUCAUUCAGGUCGGUUGAUGCGGAUGUGUAAAUCUUGUUUUUCAUGUAUUUAAAGAGGGAGAGAGAUGCUUGAAUGUAGAUGAAUAAAUGAAAGUGGUGAAGAUGAGAAGGAUGUUUAGUUUUUAGUAACAGCUGCUGGCAGGUGUGAAAGCAGGUAAUGAGAUAAGGAGCAGGUAGGUUGUUCUCCCUCAGAUUUAUGGAAAAACUAGUUAAUUUCACUGAGCUGGUCCUAUACAGUUUAAAAACACUAAUCAACAUGAAUUUUAGUUGAUUUUUUUUUUUUUUUUUGCCUUUUCCAAGAGAUCAUCUCUCAGGUUAUAUUGUCAGAUUGCCUCUAAUCCUAACCCUGGCUGAGUCAUGUUUGUGCAGGACGAACUCUGCGCACUUUUACUGCAUCUCUGUCUGAUGUGGGAAAUCAUUUCUUACUGUUUGUUCUUCCCAUUCAUUUAGACCAAUUUCAUGUGUCAUUAGUACCACAUGUGGAGACAAUAAUUAAUGAGUAAAUGCUAAAUAUGCGCAUGAUAAACACCACAAAUUAUCACAUUUGCAGGUCUUCUUUCUCCUCCAAACCCACGUGCCAUUCUAUGUAGAUGAUGUUACUGUUUCUGAUCAUGUUGGAUGCUAUUCAUCUUCAUCAUUUUUAACAAAAUGUAAAUGUAACAAAAUGAAGUUUAACAGCAAACCUGCUGCACAAAAGUUUAAAAAUUCAGUUCAUUCAUAAUAAAAAUAAAAUAAAUAACU